CCUUUCUUCAGCAAAUCCUGGUUAAGGUGAUUAGCGUGAUGCAUGAAUCAGCCACAGCCAGAGUUUAAGACGAUGCGUAAAGAAAACCCAGCUGUGCCUUCUCCAACAAGCUCCGAUUCAACGAUCGCGAGCGGGAAGCGAACUUACUGUUCAGCUACUGUCCGAUGAAAAAAAGGAGCCCAUCAGCAAGAUGCUGGUCCCUGCCGUGCUCCAGGCUGCCCCCCUGCUUCUCUGCGACCGAAUCCUGCUCUCCUCGCUGGAUGGAUGGCACCCCUCCCUGGCCGCCCUGGGGGUCCCAGCAGCUUGGCUGGAGGCCGCUCUGCGCCUGCUGGUCCUCUGGGGGGUCAGGGGCCUGCUCACCGUGGGUCGGCCCUCCCCGAUGCCCUCUUCCACUGUGGCUGCUGUCAGCAUCCUGCCCCCUUUGUACCUGUGGGUGGGACGCUGGCUUGGAGACCCUCCCCUCCUGCUCUCUUCGGCCCCUUGGUCCUGGUGGCUGGUGAGCUACGGGGCGGUGGGUUUCUCCCACCUCCUCUGGGGGGUCCUGGCAGAAAGGCGAAGCACAGAGGAGUCCCUGGGAGAAGACAAGGCCACCCUUUGGAAGACGUUGAGGCUUCUCCGUCCAGACAGGCCGUAUCUCGGUGGCGCUUUCUUGUUCCUUGUCCUGGCGGUGACUGGUGAAACACUCCUGCCCUACUACACCGGGCGUUUGAUUGACAUCCUGGGCACCAAAUGUGACCCGGAAGCCUUUUCCGCAGCCAUCUUUCUUCUCUGCCUGGUCUCAUUUGGAAGCUCCACAUUUGCCAGCUGCCGCGGGGGGCUCUUCAUGUUCACCAUCUCCCGGAUGGUCAUCCGGACCCGCAAGUUGCUCUUCUCUUCUCUGGUGCGGCAGGACCUGGCCUUCUUCCAGGAGGUGAAGGCAGGGGUGCUGGGCUCCCGCCUGUCCAGAGACACGGCUCUGAUGAGCCGCUCGGUGCCAGUCAACACCAACAUCUUCCUGCGCAGCCUGAUCCAGGCCAUCGGGCUCUACGGCUUCAUGCUCGGCCUGUCCUGGCGCCUGACGCUGCUGAUGCUGGUCGAGACCCCCCUCAUGAUGGCGGUCCAGAAGGUCUACAACACCCGUCACCAGUCUUUGCUGAAGGCGAUCCAGGACUCAGUGGCACGCUCAGAGGAGAUGGUGCGUGAGGUGGUCUCUUCUGUGGAGACAGUGCGCAGCCUUGCCACGGAGGAGGAGGAGUCACAGCACUAUGAGGCAUCCUUGGAGGAGACCUGUCAGCUGAAGAACCAGAGGGACUUGGAAACAGCCAUUUAUUCGAUUGUCAUACGGCUCCUCCACUUGAGCCUGAAGCUGCUCCUGCUCUCCUGCGGGUACCAGCAGAUCUGUGCCGGCCUCAUGACCAGAGGAAACUUGGUCUCCUUCAUCCUCUACCAGGCAGAUGUGGGGGACCAUGUGCAGACCCUGAUGUACACGUAUGGGGAUGCCCUGAGCAACGUGGGAGCCGCAGAGAAGGUCUUUGAGUACCUUCGCCGGGAGCCGUCCGUCUGCACAGGAGGGACGCUGUCUCCGGAAUCCCUCCGCGGACACGUCUGCUUCCGGAACGUUUCCUUCUGCUAUCCCUCUCGCCCCAACAUCCAGGCCUUGAAGAACGUCUCCUUUGAGCUGCGCCCCAGAGAAGUGACGGCGCUGGUGGGCCUGAACGGCAGUGGGAAGAGCAGCUGCGUCGCCCUCCUGGAGCGCUUCUACGAGCCCCAGUCCGGGGAGGUCCUGCUGGACGGAGUCCCGGUCGGGGAGUAUGGGCACAAGUAUCUCCACAGGCAGGUGGCGCUGGUGGGCCAGGAGCCCGUCCUCUUCUCUGGCUCCGUCUGGGAGAACAUCACCUACGGCCUGCGAGGCUGCAGUGAGGAAGACGUGAGCAGAGCAGCAAAAGAAGCCGAUGCCUUGGGAUUCAUCCGUGAGCUGGAAGGAGGCUUUGCUGCAGAUGUGGGGGAGAAGGGGGGCCAGCUCUCCCUUGGGCAGAAGCAGCGGCUGGCCAUCGCCCGGGCCCUGGUCCGCGGCCCCAAAGUCUUGGUGCUGGACGAAGCCACGAGUGCCCUGGACCCAGAGAGUGAAGCCGCAAUCCAGCAAUCUGUGCGGAGCAGCCAGGCCCGGACGGUGCUGGUGAUCGCUCACCGGAUGCAGACGGUGGAGAACACGGACAAGAUUGUGGUGCUGGAAGGCGGGGAGGUCGUGGAGGAGGGGAGUCACGCUGAGCUGAUGGGCCAGAGGGGCCCCUACUACAGGCUGGUGGAAAGGACCCAGGCAGAGUGACUUCUGGAACUACACCGGAGGAGUUGCUCAGCUACAGGAUCCGUAGCUCUUAUGGAUGCUAGAUGCAGGAUUGGGCAGGGAGGCAGACAACAGAGUCCUCCUGUGGAAAGAGGGUGACCCGAAAGGACAAAGUGGCCUGCCUAGCGGCUCUCAGGCAGCCAAGAGUUGUUGAGUUGCAGCCAUUUGCGAGGAGAGGUUGUCUUUCCCAUCUGGACAUAGUUUUUGUGGUGUCAAGUAGCCAUCUGAGCACUGGAAACUCCACUGUAGAAGGUGCAGAAUCCUCUUUCAAGCAACUCCUUUGUUUGGUAAAUACACAAAUACCCCUAUUUUUUCCUUUGUUUAAAUUUAGCAAGUGAGAACUUUAUACAAAACCUGCUUUUUGCCUAAAUGUUAAAUAUUUUAAUAAUGAUUGCAGCAGGUUGGUCUCCUGCUCUUUAUUUUGUAAAUAAAGUCUCUGUGUGAUCACUUUUA